UUCCUCUGCAGUUCGCAUUCACACACGCUCUUCUAAUCUCAUUUAUAUUCACGCUCUCCCCUUCAACCCUCCCCAAACGCACUCUUUCUCCUUCUCUCUCUUCCCGUUUCGUCAAAAACAUGAAUUCCGACACGCAACACGGAACGCCGUCGUAUUGGUGCUACAGCUGUACCCGCUUCGUUCAUCUCUCGUCGCAGGCCACCAUCGCCUGCCCCCACUGCCAGAGUGGCUUCGUCGAAGAGAUCCGCGCCGAAGCCUCGCCGCGCCACCGUCUCAGCCCUUUCCCCGACGACCAUCUUUCGCUCCGCCGACAGGGAUUCCGCCGCCGCCGUCGCGAUGCCGCUGGCAACCGCUCCCCCUUUAACCCCGUUAUCGUUCUUCGGGGAUCCGGCGAUGACACCGCCGCCGAACACGAAGGCGCCAGCACCUUUGAGCUCUUCUACGACGACGGUGACGGCACUGGCCUCCGUCCUCUCCCGCCCACCAUGUCGGAGUUCCUCCUCGGCUCAGGCUUCGACCGCCUACUCGAGCAGUUCGCGCAGAUCGAGAUGAACGGCUUCGGCCGCCCGGAGAACCCGCCGGCGUCCAAGGCGGCGAUCGAGUCCAUGCCGACGGUCGAGAUCGGCGAAGCACAGGUCGAGACCGAGGCGCACUGCGCCGUCUGCAAGGAGGCGUUUGAGCUCCACGCGGAGGCGCGUGAUUUACCCUUCAAACAUAUUUACCACUCUGAUUGCAUCCUCUUGUGGCUCUCCAUGCGAAACUCGUGUCCGGUGUGCCGCCACGAGCUUCCUUCCGAUUUGGAAACUAGGGCUCCGAGUCAGAUCGACGAGGAGGCGAUAGGGUUGACUAUCUGGAGGCUUCCAGGAGGUGGAUUCGCCGUGGGUCGAUUUUCUGGCGGACGCAGGGCCGGAGAGAAUCAUUUUCCGGUGGUGUAUACGGAGAUGGACGGGGGACUGAACACGAACGGAGCUCCGAGGAGGAUUUCUCGGUCGGUGAGAAGCAGUAGGGUUAGGGAGAGUCGAGGAUUUGGUAGGGUUGUUCGCAGCUUCUUUUCAUUCUUUGGAAGGAUCGGUUCUAGAAACUCUUCUUCGUCUUUGUCAUCUUCUGAACAUGGUUCCGUGAGUAGAAGCCGUAGUCGUGUGAGUUCAGUCUUCAGCAGAAGCUCACGGAGACAUAGCAGAACUUUUGUUUUGGAUGAUUAAUUGGUGAUGGCAAUUUUGCAAACAGUAGCAAUACUCUUUCAAUCGUUUUAACUUUGGGUCAUGAGAUUCAUACUGUACAUAGCAUGUAACUUGCAUCAAUAGAAGAAAGUCUAGUUUCCAAUACUAGGAAACUAGUAUUGGAAAUGUGCUAUUUUUUUGGUUACGUGGAUCAAACAUUGUGUGCUAUCAAGUUGGCACCAGUGACUCUCUGGCAAUGUGAAACAUGAUUAAUGUUUCGUUCCCCGCCGACUGAAUUAUUUGAUUUGUUUAUAAUAUUACGUUAGUCCAUUAUUUCUGAA